AUGGCGGAAGCACUAUCAAUCAGAUCUGCCCUCAAUCACGCCCUAGAGAAUCGUUAUACCAAGCUGGUUCUCAAAUCCGACGCUCAGGACCUUGUCCUAGCUAUCACUGCGCUCGAGCCUAUCAAAGAGAUCUACGGUCUACUUUUCGAUAUUCAAGCUCUUGCUUCUCUUUUCACUUCUGUUUCGUUUGUGUUUGUUCCUCGAUCACAAAACUCAAAGGCUGAUCUCCUCGCUAAGUCAGCGAAGAGCCGUUUCUGUUCUGUAGCUCUAUCCGAUUAG